AUGCUCGCGCUGGAGGCGGCGCUGCUGAACAAGGGCUUGCUAACAGCAGAGGAGUUGGAUGCUAGGACUCGCCAAUUCAGCGAUGACCCGUCCGCCGAAGUGGCGCGGCGAAACGAUGCAGGACUUGCGGAGCGUGUGCGGCGGCGCAUCUUUCAGCCACAGCCUCUCGAACAGCAGGCCGCAUCGCCUUCGCGCUUUGCCGUUGGCGACGCAAUUGUGGUGCGUAACAUUCAUCCUCAUAGGAAGAGCAUAGGGAGAGCAGCAAUGAGCGGGAAUCAUGACCAUAACGGUGAGCAUCAUCCUGAGCCGCAGUCUUACGCUGCGCUGCGAACUAAGGCAAUAGAGUCAUUGCUUAUAGAGAAGGGCUUGCUUUCGACCGAUGCGAUAGACGUGCGGGUGCAAGCAUAUGAGCAGGACAUCGGGCCGUUGAACGGCGCGAAGGUAGUGGUGCGCGCUUGGACGGACGCGGAAUACAAAAGGCGUCUGCUGGAGGACGGGACGGCGGCGAUCGCAGAACUGGGUUUCUUCGGCGCGCAGGGUGCGGAGAUUAUCGUGCUGGAGAACACACCGACGGUUCACAAUGUGGUCGUAUGCACGCUUUGCUCUUGCUACCCCUGGCCCGUGCUGGGCCUGCCGCCGCGCUGGUACAAGUCGGAUGCUUACAGGGCGAGGGUGGUCAUAGAGCCGCGAGCCGUGCUGCAGGAGUUCGGGCUGGCGCUGGAUGAAUCGGUGGAGGUGCGUGUGUGGGACAGCAACUCGGAUAUUCGAUAUAUGGUAUUGCCGGAGCGACCAGAGGACACGAAGAAUAUGGAUGCGGAUGCGCUUGCUGCGCUGGUAACGCGGGACAGCAUGAUUGGCGUGGCGCAAGUCAAGACGCCGAUGCCGACGGCUUAG